AUGAACCAAGCGUCUUCUACCUCAGCAAGUCUUCGAACCGACCUCGCACGCACAUUGGGCUUUCCCCACCAUCCGCACGAUGCCACCGCCGAACCGUACCUCCGUUACCUCACGAAUCGAUGCAUUGGCGGUUAUACAAUGGAGACGUAUAUCGAGCUUCUCAUCAUGGUGGUCAAAUACUUCGAUGGGGCCCCGGCUGAUACGUCAGAGAAGAAGAGUAUUCAGGGGUUGCUAGAUGUCAUAUCUUCAUCCCCCACUUACGCACAGCGGAACCGCGAAGACGUCGAGGAUACCGUGCUAUACAUUAUCGGCACCUUGACACUACUUCUGAGCUCGUUCAUUCAUCUGCCAAUGGCUGGUGGUCUUCGCAAGGUGACAGCUAGCUACAACCUGCGGACUCAUGGCAGCGCCUGUGGAACCCAAUGCUACGGAGAAGACGUGAGUGGAUUGGUGUCGCUCACGAUUAACGCGACGCGGCUUAACGCCUACACAUUAAACGUCUUUGGAGCAGUAGACAUUGCAUGGACACACAAUAUCUCCAGGCAUCUAUCACUAUCGAAACGCGAUGGACGGUAUACCCUCGAGAUCUUCAGCCUGCCAUGUGCGCUGAAUGCUACCUCUGUGAGGCAGAGCGGCGUCUCCACUGAGCUUGCUCAAGAGAUAAGGGAGACAUACAGCUUGCUGUUCAACGCCUUCCACAAGAUUCCUCGUCACGUAAAGCUCGCGCGAAAAAUAGGUAUCAUAUCUUUUUGCUGGUGCCGUUUUUGCUCGAUGCGACGACACCAGAAUCGUGCUGUCAUGAGCUACAAGACGUUCAGUAAGCACCGGACGCUGGGCGCAACCAGAGCUCAACGAACACACGACACCGAAUAUGACCCUCUGCUAGUCGAAUUGAUGAGUAGUGAGCCCUCUGACUGGACACCGGAUAUGUUCCCUCAUCUCUGGGCUCGUAUCGUUAUAUUGGAAGAGCAUCUCGAAGAAGCCAAACCUUGGAGCGUGUGGGUGUUAUUCCGUGAUCGCAGAGAUACCCUACAAUUCUGGACAUUUUUCUUUGCUACCAUUGUCGUAUUUCUGACAGUGUUGCAAGUUUUGCUUAGUGUUGUACAAGUCGUGGGGUCUUUCUAG